ACGCGGCUCCCCUCAGAGCGCCGCCGCCAUGUUGGCGGCUCCCGACGGGGACCCCGCGGCUCCGCUCGGCGGCCCCCGGGCUCCGCGCCGCGGGCCGGCCCCCGCCGCCCAUGGCCGCGGCGGAUCCCCGGGUGUUGGCCGUAGCCGCCCGGGUCGCUGAGAGCAGGGAGCGGGACGUCCCGGCGCUGCUGCUGGCCUUGAAGGAAAUUUUAAAUACCCCUUCUUUGGGACGUAAGGAAUCCGAAAAAGUUAAGCAGGACAUAUACUAUUAUGAUCUGGCUCAGUACUGCGUGCUGGUCCUCAGACAAGACUUUUCUCGAGUGCGUGGAGGCUGGGCUACUGCUGCCCAGCUAGCAGAGAUACUGAGUCAUUGUUGUGUAGGACUAGAGGUGAAAGAAGAUCCCGAGGAAUUUUACACAAAAUUUCUUCCUUCAGCCAUAGACAACCUGCUGCUUUUGGGAAGACGCCUGCAAGCACGAUUUAUGCGAGCAGUCAAGGAUGAAGAAAAACAAGAUUUUUUACGCUGUUUCCGAACAGUAACCGAUGCCAUCUGCUGGCUGUUUGGUGGGCAUAUUCAACUGACAAAGCAUGUGCUGCAAAAUGAUCACUUCCUGCAGCUGCUAGUAACAGACGAUGUUGAAACAGCAGUUAUAAUGAUGUCUGUUUUACACAGUAUUUUGGGGGUCAAUAGUUCUGUCUUGCUUCAGGUUGAUGAAGAGACUCUUCACUCUGUUUUGGAUGAGCUCGUUUAUAAGCUUUCGUCUACCACCAACCCUGUCAUAGGAAAUGCUGCUACAAAGCUGCUGUUGUUGAUAGCGAAAUUUUGCAAUCAGCUCCUGAAUUUACUCACAACUCGCUAUAAAGGAUUGAAAGUGCUUUUAAGUAAACAGUGGAUUGGCAAAGGAUUUGACAGGGAUCUCAGUCAACUUUUGGACUUGCUAUACUUGGAACAAUCCAGUGGAAAAAAGGAAAUGCAGAGACUGCAUCAAGCAGCUUGUAUAAUCCAGGCUGCAUGGAGAGGAUUUCAGACAAGAAAAAGGCUGAAGAAACUACCCCAAGCAGUGACCAUUUUACAGAGGAGCUUCAGAGCUAAACGAGAACAGGAGCGGCAGCAUUUAGAAAAACAGAAGGAAGAUGAGGCCCUAAAGCUGCAAAUGCAACUACAGAGACAGAGGGCCAUGAGACUCUUCCAUGAAAGACAGCUGGCCUUACUGGAAAUAAUCCAUGCGAGUCAGGUAAAUAAGCACCUGCAGGAAAUGGAGGUAAAAUCAGCAUUAACUAUUCAGAGAUUCUGGAGAGGGUAUAGAGCAAGAAGAAGUUUUCAUCAGCAUAGACAGUCUCUUAAGGAGUAUAAAGCAGCCGUCAUCAUUCAGAGAGCAGCUUGCAAAUUCUUGGAAAAACAAAGAAGUAAAAGACCUCUGUCUCCUUGGAAAGAUCCCAAAGGACUGACUGAUGAGCAGAGACUGGCUUUACAGCAGAAGGUGGAUGACUACAUCAAAUUGCAUCCGGCUUCCCAAAUGUCAGAAGAAAUGAGUAAAGAAUUACAUAUGCAAGCCCAGGAAAAGCUGGCACAGUUCAUGUUGAGGAGCAAAUUGGAUCAGAGAGCAGCGCAGCGGAGAGAGACGUUACUGGCUCAGGUCAACACUGAUGUGGAGCUGCUAAUGAAUGCUCCACGGUUAGCAGAGACCACAGAGAAAGAUCUUGCUGUCUUUAUGAGUCGGUCGGUCCCUGUAGCUACCAAGGCCAAACAAUCCCACAACGCUAUGCUGAAGUAUGCUCGCUGGCCGUGGUGGAAGAAGCUCGGAGAUGAGUUUGUGGAGGAUGAUGUCAUUCCUGAUGAUGCCCUGAAUGCAGAACUUGGAAGUCUGUUUAUUGGUGGAAGGAAAUCCUAUUAGCUAUUGGUGGGAGCUAAUCCAUUUACAGGCAGAAGUAUCUGUUACUCAUCCAGACGUGUACCUUGCACUGUGUGUUCACUUGCUUGUGUUUUUAAGGAAGGAAAAUACUUGAAUUUGAAGACACUGAAAGAGACCAAGGCCAUAUUUUAGUGCAUUUUUCUAACGUUACUGAGAAUCUUUUCCAGUGAAUUUGCAAUAAAAUCCUAUUGAUUGUGCUAUUACAAA